AGUUGACACAUUUGAUGCGCAACUUCAAGCGCAACUUAUGCAGGCUUAUUAUGGCUUAUAAGAAGCCAACUUACAAGGACAUGGCUAUAUAAGUGUAAGAAGUUCAGUUAAUCGUACACUUUUACAGUAGUGUAUGGAUAGUACUUUUUAAAGUUUCGUGUCAAGAAAUUAUGCACUCUUACACCAAGCUACAAAUGUACAAGAUACCGGCGUAGGCCGGAUAACGCAACAAAGCAAGCCACUCAAAGGUCGACGGAAUGUAAUAUGACAUCAUUUCAACAUUCCCUAUGACUCUAUUAUGAAUAAAAGUCCAUGAUAAAUCAAAUGGCUGGCCUUGUGUUGAAAAUCGAUUGGUUAGGUGCGGAGCUUGGUUAACAAGGAAGAGAAAAGACCAGAAAUAUGACCAAAGUAAGUAAGAAAGGUGGUGGUAAGAAAAAGAAGAAAGGGGCACCGUCGCGGUACAAAGACCCAAGCAAGAUGUGCUGCGACCCCUUCCCUAUGUUUGCGUAUGAUGUGAAGGACGUGAACAAGACUAACAAAAGCAUUCUCCUCACCAUCAUCUGCAUCCUGUGGUGUUUCAGUGUUGUCAUUGCUUGCAUCGGUGCCUAUUUAAUCAUACAGAGGAAAGAUCAAGAAGAAGUCAUAUCGGCCGGCAAUUUCUCCGAGUUCUGGCUCAAUUUCUCGCUGGUGCUGCUGUGUAACGGCAUCGUGUCGUCUGUCAUCACCUACUGCGGCCUGGUGGGCGUGCUGCGCGAGAACAUCGCGCUGGUCCGCGUCUUCUACAUAGCGCUGAUCGCGGCGCUGCUGCUCAAGCUCGGCCUGGCCGUGUUCGUGUUCGUGUUCGCCGACUACUCGCGGCCGUUCCUGGAGAGGAUGCUGGCCGAACAGGCGGUGGUCGACUACCGCAGCAGCAGCGACGUCGAGACGCUGAUGGACUACCUGCAGACCACGUUCCACUGCUGCGGACUGCGCGACGACGGCUUCCAGGACUGGACCCGCAACAUCUACUUCAACUGCUCGGACGGCAACCCGAGCCCGGAGCGGUGCGGCGUGCCCUGGUCCUGCUGCCGAAACCAGACGGGCGUCACCAACGCGCUGUGCGGCCGCGGCGUGCAGAGGCUGGACCGCAACAUCGCCAGCCGCGCCAUCCACACCAUGGGCUGCCUGCACGCCGUCCAACUGUGGGUGUACUCGCACGCGGUGGUGGCCGGCCUGGUGGCGCUGCUCGAGGUGGCCGCGCUGGUGGCCGUCACCUUUCAGUGCACGCGCCUGGUCAACGAGCUGCAGAUGCUGAACGGCGUGUACCGCGGCCCCUGGUGGGACCGGAAGGCCGCGCCGCACCGGCGCCGCGCCGCAUCACCUGCGAGCCGGGAGCCGCCGCCGAGCUCGCCGCGGCCCGCGGCGGCGCCGCCCGGGCAGACGGAGCGGCCGCCGCCGCCACCCGCCGACGACGAGACGCACACCAAGCUGCCGUCCGUGGUGAAGAUGGGCCACGGGCCGGCCGUGCGGCGCACCAAGACUGCUCCGCCGGGCGCCAAGGCCAGGCACGCCGAGCCGGACUGGCCGGCCGACGGCGAGGCCGGACAGCCAGACAGCGAGGAGGCUCACCGACCAGCGGAGGACGAGGAUGGCCAGCCUCUGGACGAGACUAGCCAGCGCGCGGACGAGGAGGCUGACCUGACGCCCGGCGAGGGGUCGGGUCGGCGCUCCAGCGAGCCGCCCGCAAUCGUGGUGGUCGGCAGCGGUGGCCAGUAAAACGGAUCAGCUGAGGCCAGCCGACUGGCGUACACCUAGCUCAUUGCCACUCCCCCAGCGAAUCGAGGUGAAAUAGCCGGAACUCUUUCGAGAGGACAGCCCAAGAUAAGCCUCAAAAGUCAAAGUAACAACAUCGGGUGGCCAAAAUGUGAUUGUACCUGAGCACGUUAUAUCACUUAUAGGCUAGUCGCUCUGGCUAGUCGACAGUCUAAAGGAACGGUGAUGUCAGCAUUAUGACAAAUACUUGUCCAAUGCUGACUUAGGCCGCGUCAUUGCGCGUCCUGUUGCAUUCCUGCAUCUCUUACAACUGUACCCGUGGCGCGAUGUAUGAUUGCCCUCGCAUUAAUUGUCAUCUGUAUACAGUGUGCGCUACAAUCGCAAACUGUCACCGUUUAAUUGCGCUCAUUGCCUAUGAUAUCGUUGUUACUUGUUUCAGUGCCAAUGAUGCCAAUGACCGUGUGAGAAACGUGUUCAUCAACUACCAAAACUUCAUCAGCAAAUAAAUGCUGCACAUUGCAAA